ACGAAGAAGAAAGUAUGGAGCUACUGUGUGAGAAGGUGUUUGGUGAUGAGGGUUGCCCUCCUCAACUCCACAAACUUGCCACCAAAAUUUCCAAGCUUUGUGAAGGUCUCCCUCUCUUGAUACUCAAUGUUGCUCACAUCCUAUCGGAAUCCGAGCACAAUAGAGAUCCAUUCUACUGGAAUGAAGUAGCAGAAAUGAAAAAUUCAGUCUUCAAGGAUGCAUAUAAUGAAAUAUCAAAGGUACUUUUACCAAGUUACCACUACUUGCCUGAACGUCUUAAAAUGCCUUUUCUGUUUAUCGGUGUUUUCGCUCAAGAUUAUUACACCCCCAUUUCCAAGAUCACCCUUAUGCUCAAAGCUGAGGGGUUGUGGGAUAAUUGGGAUUGUUUGAGAGAGCUAGCUAUCGAUUAUAGUCUUGUUUUAUGUAGCAUGAAGAGCGUGAAUAAAAAUGAUACUAAGAAGUAUAUUGGUGAGUAUAAAACUUGUCGGCUUCAUUCUUCAUGGCGGCACGUGUGUAGAGAAGAAGCUAGCAAGUACAAGUUUUAUCAUGUCUUAAAUAAGUUGAUCGAUGCCAAAGAAGAAAGUCUAAAAGGUCAGCGUGGAUUGUGUCUUGAAAAUAACAUUUUAUUCAGUAUCAGAGAGUUUUGCAACUCGGUGAGAUCGAACUGCGCAUUCUCUACCCGUUCUCUCCUUUUCUAUGGUCCUUACCACCAAUAUCCAAUUCCUAUAGAUGUCAGUUUCAUGUUGCUAAGGGAAAUAGAUGCUCUUCAAUUGCGUUUCUAUACCUUCCCAACGGAAAUUCUGUCACUAGUUCAACUAAAGUACCUUGCUCUAACUUGCAACGGAGAAGUACCUGCAACUAUAUCAAAACUUUUCAACCUCCGAGCCUUGAUUAUCCAUCCUCAUCUGAAUAUUAUAUGUUGUGAAUCUCCAUCAUAUGUACCAAUACAAAUAUGGGAUAUGCAUGAGUUAGAGCAUAUUGAGAUAUUGGGAAAGAGUCUUGGAGCUCCAUCUCAUGUUGCUGCUUAUUUGAAAAAUCUGAAAACACUUGUAGGUGUGAAUGCUAGCAUUUGUACUGUAUUGGAGCUCUCCACAAGGAUUCCCAACAUAAGGAAAUUAGGAAUACAGAUUGAGCUAACGCCUUAUGACGACCAUAACAACCUAUUGAGCUGUUUUGAUUGUAUUUCAUCACUUGAAAGUUUGAAGACACUCAAAUUAAGUAUCACAAAUCCUGUAGUCAAUCAUGGUAAUGUUUUCUUGGUGACUCGUGAGUCACUGAAGUUUCCACAAGGUUUGAAAAAGUUACAUAUGAGUGGCAUGGGUUUUCCCUGGGAAUAUAUGGAUGUUAUUGGCUCUUUGCCAAUUCUUCGAGUGCUCAAAUUGCGUUCCUACGCCUUUCAAGGGUCACACUGGGAAGCACAAGAUGGAAGUUUUAGGAGUCUUCAGUUUCUUCUAAUUGAAGAAAGUGACUUGGUGCAAUGGAAACCGGGAUACGGAAGCUUCUCUAGGCUUAAAUACCUAAGCAUGAAACAUUGCUACAAACUAAAAAAGAUCCACGGGUCUCCUUUUCUAAACCAACAUGGACGUACAAUAGAGAUUGAAUUGGAGGACUGCAAUCCUUUAGCUUUGACUUGGGCUGUCCAAUUACGACCAAGUAUUGGUUCUACGCUUCGUGUAAUUGCCUUUUCUUCAUUUUACAAGAAACCAACAACUUUCAAAUCUGAAAGGUACGGAGGCGAUAUCAUAGUUCAGCAACGAAGAAUUUUAUACAGUAGAGUUGCCGAUGAUGAUAUUGAAGAAAUUAUUGACUGCGCGAUGCAGAGAUUUGAAGAAGAUGGCAGUCUUAUGCCGAAGCACCAACGACAAGGAGCGUGUGGGUCCAUAUGGACAUUAUUUGAUGCUGUAUUUGGUUGUUUGGGCUUCAAGGAGACCUCUUUGAGGCGUUGAGUCUGCUGAUACAGAGUGUUACACCUGAAUUUUCUCAACAAAUUCAGCAACUUCAGUGAUUUCUUGGUAUUUGGUUCGAUUUCCAAUAAAUGAAUCAUCUUUGUGUUGUAUUAUUUGGUUGUCACAUGAACUGAAGUAUUGCAACUUAUGUUGGUUUCUUUUGUGGAUUAGAAGUUGAGAGGAUUAUGCAUUUGACUAUUAUUAUAGGUUGAAUUUGAUUCAAAGUAUUGGCUUGUUA